AUGUCUCGCCGUCGUGCUUCUCACAGCGAAUCAUUGGGUCUCUCAUCUACUAUGAACGAAGCUCUUGCCUAUCCUUUCUCCGGGAUGCAGCAAAGCAAUGCUCCACAGCGACGCGGCCCGAUCGAAGGGCCCAACGGUCGACGCUUGAUUCGUAGGGUCACCUGGCGAUCCUCCACGUACAAGUUGAUGGCUUGUCUGUGGGUGUUGGGUGUCUUUUAUAUCGUUUGGCUGAUCCGGGAUGUCUUCUACUAUCCCUUCUACGCCUCCUCCAGACAGCCUGUUACCUCCAAAGACGCGAAUGAUUUGCUGGCUCCCUAUGUGGGUCGUCAAGAGUGCGACAUUUCUUCCCUGUCCCUCUUCACCCCCCCUCAACCCGGUGAUGGCGAACGUGCUCCAGGCAAUCCAUACUGCCAAUCUCGUGAUGCCCUGCUCAACGCCAUGAGCAAUGGUGGGCGUCACGGCUUUGACGCUGCGUAUACCUCUCAAGGCAAGUGCCACAUCGAUUGUUUCGCUCCUCGUAUCGGACACUUCGGCUUCUCGGAGGGGCCCCAGAGGGACAACAGCUGCUUUCCUGACAGUCAAACUGACCGCCCCCUCCAGGAUGCUCUUAUCGUUGGUUCACUAGCGCCGAAGUGGUUCAACAUUCUCCUGCGGGAGGACCUGGCCACUGGAUCCCUGCGAGAGUGGGAGAUAAGCAAAGGACAUGGUCACGAUUGCCGAUGUGAAUCCCAGUUCACCAGUAGCUUGUGCCUACCCCUGCGGAUCACUUCAAGUGACGAGGUAUACGCGCAAGAAGGCAGCAGUGCCACUCGCAGGCCUUACACUUGUUCAUCUCGUAUUCCUCAUGCCUUCCUCGCUACAUCCAGCUCACCUGCCCCAAGGGGUGUGAUUGAAAAAUUUCGUCGAAUGGUCGCCCGAGGAGUCGGCCGAAACAGACCCGUUCCCGUGAUCCUGAGUCUUUCCCUUUCCACAUCCUAUUCCUUGUCUACAGCUAAAAGCAGCAUGGAUGAAUGGCUCACGCUGGCCCAGGCCAGUGGACGGAACACUCCUUUUCUCUGGGUAGGUCCGACAGCUCCUGGGCUUCAAAAGGACUCGAGGGACAACAUCCACGCUUCCAGCUGGCAGUACUCCCAAGACACCGCCCAAGAAGCCCGCAACAGAGGCUUGGAUGCCCUGGGUAUGUACAAUGCGACCCUUCAAGCAGAUAGCUGGGAUGGUAAGCACUACGGAGAGAAGGUGGCUUUGAUACAGGCGAUGAUGGUUGUCAACUGGCUGGCUGCGCUUUGA